AGUCGCAACGUGGACACCGUCGCUGGUAGACACGCCUAGCAAAACACAGACAGCAGCUGGCUAGCUUAGCAGGGCUGUUAGCUUAGUAAAGUAAUGUCAAUUUAGCCACAUCGCAGAUAACGUUAAUCCAGCUAUCUCCUGUUUGCAGACAAACAGACACGUUUUCCUAUUUAAGUGUAUGGAAUUGCGCAGUUUCCUUUUAUGUGCAGUUUAUUCGUGUAGCUGUGUUUGAUUUAGUUGGACAUAGAAGGGUAUAAGAAGUUGCAGUGCGUGAUUAGCUUUCUCCACAUAUGGCUAAUUUGUUCCGGAUGGCACAAAUGCACCUGUGAACGUGUUUUCUGGAGAACCUUUCAUGCAUGGAGGUAGCUGCGGGUGCUCUUGGAAAAACCCACGCAGAUCCAGGGAGAGGAGCCUGUUUGCAUUCCAGUGCAGGUGCAAGACAAUGGAGGUGAAAAUCGAAGAGCAGGACGAAGACAACACAUUCAGCAGCACUGACGCUAAUGGUAAACGGCCAGCUGAGGACAUGGACGAGGAGCAGGCCUUCAAACGUUCUCGCAACGCAGACGAGAUGGUGGAGCUGCGUGUGCUGCUUCAGAGCAAAAAUGCUGGUGCUGUUAUUGGAAAGGGUGGAAAGAAUAUAAAAGCCCUACGUACAGACUACAAUGCCAGUGUAUCAGUCCCAGACAGCAGUGGCCCAGAGCGGAUCUUGAGUGUGAAUGCCAGCAUCGACACUAUUGGAGACAUUCUGCUUAGAAUCAUACCAACUCUAGAGGAGUACCAGCAUUACAGUGGGAUUGAUUUUGACAGUGAGCUUCGCCUGCUUAUCCAUCAGAGCUUGGCAGGAGGCAUCAUCGGUGUAAAAGGUGCCAAGAUAAAGGAGCUAAGAGAGAAUACCCAGACCACCAUCAAGUUGUUCCAAGAGUGCUGUCCACACUCCACUGACAGAGUUGUCUUGGUGGGAGGAAAGCCAGAACGGGUCAUUGAAUGUAUAAAAGUUAUUCUGGAGUUGGUGUCAGAGGCACCAAUCAAAGGUCGUGCCCAGCCUUAUGACCCUAAUUUCUACGAUGAGACAUACGACUAUGGUGGUUUCACGAUGUUAUUCGAGGAGAGAGGAAGACGACCCAUUGGUGGCUUCCCCAUUCGUGUGCGUGGGGGCUUUGAGCGCAUGCCCCCCAUUCGUGGCAAUAGACCCAUGCCUCCCUCCAGAAGGGAGUACGACGACAUGAGCCCCCGUCGGGGUCCUCCACCACCGCUGAGCAGAGGUGGACGAGGGGGCAGCCGAGCACGAAACCUGCCUCUUCCCCCACCGCCGCCGCCAAGAGGAGGGGGAGACAGGUUCUCACAUGGCAGCUAUCAUGGCAGCAUGGACGACAGACCAAGUGACAGAAGAGGCCGAGGUGGAGACCGUUACGACAGCAUGAGUGGAGGCGGAUAUGACAACAAUUCUUCCUGGGAGCACUUUCAGUCUGGUGGUAGAGGCUCAUACAGUGAUAUUGGAGGCCCAGUCAUCACAACACAAGUCACCAUCCCAAAAGAUCUGGCUGGCUCCAUCAUCGGUAAGGGUGGCCAGAGGAUCAAGCAGAUCCGCCAUGAGUCUGGGGCAUCCAUCAAGAUUGAUGAACCACUAGAGGGCUCUGAGGACCGCAUCAUCACCAUCACAGGAACACAGGACCAGAUCCAGAACGCACAGUACCUGCUGCAGAACAGUGUGAGGCAGUACUCUGGUCGGUUCUUCUAGGAAGAAGGAAAUGAAGAAAAUUUGAAGCCAUGCUGCCAUACUGUUUGCUCCUUCUAUUCAGAGCCUACAUUCCUUUGCUUUGGGUAGAUGUGCCCCCUCCCCUCACUAUCACACACUACACCAUCUGUCUAUAAAUCAGUUUUUAAAAAAGUUUUAAAAAAUAUCUUAAGCUGUCAAACAGCAACCAAGGAGUAAACAACAUGUUUCUGUGCUGGUGUAAUUAUUUUUUGGAGAUUCUUGUGCAGUCAUUGGAGUAAACUCAUCUGUGUGAUAACUUUUGGUGUUAUGAGCCACCCCAUUUCAGUACAGCAUGCAGAAUGUAUCUUUUUGUUAGGAACAUUAUGUGAUUUAAAGUUUAUUUUUGCUUUUGUUUUUCCCCUCACAUGUUUAAGUGCACUCUUCAAAUGAAGUUGCAUAGUCUUGGAAUGGUUAAAGAACCAUUAAAUAAACUUUAGUUUACAUUUUACACAACAUUCAACAUCUUCUUCCACUGUCAAAUGAAGUGCUUAUUUGUAAGAUGGGCUUUAAUGGAGUAGUUUGACAAGCUUAUUCGUGUCCUGGUGUAAAGUUAGAUGAGAAGAUCAAUACCACUGUUACGUCUUUUAAAUCUGAAACUGCAGCCAGUUAGCUUAGCAUAAAGACUGUGGGGGGGCUAGACUUGCAAAAACUACCACAUCUAUAGCUCACUAAUUAACACUUUAUUUGUCAUUUCUUUAAUCCUGUACAAAAAGCAAAUUGUUUAAAGGUCAAUUUAUUGUUUUAGGGUUGUUAUGUAAUGCCUCUUGCCUGGCAACUGCUCCUAACCAAGAAAUGGUUUAAGACAACCCCAUGUGAAAUGAGUUGUUGUUGUUUUUAUCUUUUUUUUUUUGUAGGAAUUAAACAAACAAGAUUUAACAUUAAUUAGUGGGCUUUCAAGGUGCUGGUACUGCAGGUGGACUUUAACACAAGCAAGCUAGUUGUUUGCCCAUUUACAGUCUUUGUGCUAAGCUAACCGGCUGCUAGCAUAGUUAUUGCUAGCUUCAUGAGUAAUGGGCAGAUACAAGUGGCAUUAAUCCUAUCAUUAACUCUCUGCCAGAAAUUUAAUGAACAUAUUUUCAAAAAUGUCGUUCUUUUGCUUUAAGUAGGGAUAAAUAUGCCAGUGUGAUAUUGGGGGGGAGACAAUUUUAAGAUUUUAUUUUUAUUUUUUGGUUGAAAGACAAAGGGUUGUAUGAAGUGUGUGUGUGUGUGUAUGUUAUAUAACAUAGAAACAGUAACUUAACUGUUGUGAUUUCAUGAGUGUUUAGAUAGGCCCAGAAUACUUUCUACUUUAUUGGAAGGAGAUGGUGCCAUAAGACAUGUUUGGUAAUAUUUUUUUUUCUUCCCCUCUCUAUCUGUUAACGUGAUUUAUUUUCUACCACUCACCGUGAUGGACUCGCUGUAAUGCAGCCUUAAUAUCUGAUCUGUUAGAUGCAUUCACUCUUGCUUGUUUUCAUUUUUUUUUUUUUUUUUUUUAGUGAAAGGAUCUUUAGGCUAUUUGAGAUGCAGUUUGAGAAGAGGAGCGUACAGCUUUGUGAGUCCAUGAGUGGUGUCUUCUGUCCAGUCAUAUCUGUAACGUUACCUCUGUGUCUGAUAUCUAUAGAACCUGCAGGUGUUGAAGAAAUAAAAAGUCUGUAUUACAGUU